CGUGGACUCCUCGUUCCCCUUCCCCGCCGAGCCCCUGCCUGGGGGAGCGCUCCAAAGCCGCUGUGUGAGGGAGGGCUGGAGCGCGGGGUGUCGCCGGCGCUGGCGGCCGCAGGUGGCCCGCGGUGACAGCUGUGUCACAUGAUGGCUGUCAGCGCGGGCUCGGCCACCCGCGCGCCCGGGCUCCGCCGAGAGCAUCCCGCCGCUCCCAGGAAUGUGAGGGCUGGGGGUGCCGGCUGGAAGGAGACUGCCGUGCUUCGCCCCCCCGUUCCUCGCCGAGCGGGCUGAAUUCCCGGCGGCCGCAGCUCGGAGGUGCCGGACGGCGGCCGCGGGUGCCCGGGCACUCGGGUCAUGAGACUGAGCCGGGAGCGCGGUGGCGGACAGGAGGAUGGAUGGCAUUGACGGGUCCGGGCCGGCGCUGCCAGCCAUCGCUUGGCUUCCCCGUAAAUUACACUGAUCUUCUCCGCAGCAAACCCUGCAAGAGAUAAAGGAGCGGGGAAGACGGGCGCUCUUUCCUCGAGCAGAAAUCCCGGGCUGUGCAGAAUUGUGGGGCAGGUUUUGGAUUAUGAAACUCUAGGGCAGCGCGAACGCAGCCUGGUGCAAACCCCGACACUGCUGUCCUUAAGGUGGUUUUUGUGCUCCUGUUGCUAGGAUUAAGACUUUUGCAUUGCAGCAUGGAGAGUCUUUUGUUUGAGUUAAAUUCAGACCUCUUGAUAUGUCACCUGACAGUCUUGUGGUUUUGGAUGAAUAUGGCUCAUUGCUAUUAUUAACCUGAGUUGGCAACCAGGCACAACAGGAGUUUAUAGGGAUUUUGAAAAGUGGAACUGCUCGGGGGACAAAGAUGCUUCCCAGAAUUGAGAUGGUAUCAGUGAAAAUGGAUUCCCAGGCCAAUGGAUGACAAUGCUUGCUGGGCUUUAAAGUGAUGGCUGGCUUUUUACAAUGGAAAUUUGAGAUGAUGGCUACAAAACACCGUUAAAGGCAAGAUUAUGGAAUGGUUUCCAAGCCUGAUGCCUGCAAGUUUUCCCUUUGAGAGCUCCUCUGUAGUAGUGGCAUUAAGCUGGCCUUUGCCGGAGUUUGACCCAAGUCAGAUCCGACUGAUUGUGUAUCAGGACUGUGAAAGAAGAGGACGGAAUGUCUUAUUUGAUUCCAGUGCGAAAAGAAAAAUAGAGGAUGUUUCAGUGUCGAAACUCUGCAGUGAUGCUCAAGUGAGAGUUUUUGGGAAGUGUUGCCAACUAAAGCCUGGAGGAGACAGCUCUUCUUCCUUGGAUAGUUCAAUCAAUUCAUCCUCCUCAUUCUCUGAUCCAAAAGAGCAAUGCCCAAAAUACCAGGGUUCUCGGUGCUCCUCAGAUGCCAACAUGCUUGGAGAGAUGAUGUUUGGCUCUGUGGCCAUGAGCUACAAGGGCUCCACAUUGAAAAUUCAUCAGAUCCGCUCCCCUCCCCAGCUCAUGCUCAGCAAGGUGUUCACAGCUCGCACGGGAAGCAGCAUCUACGGCAGUCUGAACACGCUGCAGGACAGUCUUGAGUUCAUUAAUCAAGACAGCAAUACAUUGAAGCCUGACCACAGUACAAUGAUGAAUGGACUUCUUGGGAAUAUAGGUCUUUCCCAGCUUUGCAGCCCCAGGCGGGCAUUCUCAGAGCAAGGUCCGCUCCGCCUCAUCCGGAGCGCCUCUUUCUUUGCAGUUCAUAGCAACCCUAUGGAUAUGCCUGGGAGGGAGCAGAAUGAGGACAGAGACAGCGGUAUUGCAAGAUCUGCAUCUCUUAGCAGUCUGCUCAUCACUCCGUUUCCCUCUCCGGGCUCCUCGCUUAACAAGAGCUGUGCCAGCAGCUACCAGCGGCGUUGGCGUCGCAGCCAGACAACCAGCUUGGAGAACGGGGUCUUCCCUCGAUGGUCCAUGGAUGAAAGCUUCAACUUGUCAGAUGACAGCUCUGGUCCAAACCCAGGAAUUGUUAGGAAGAAAAAGAUAGCAAUUGGGGUUAUUUUUUCACUCUCAAGAGAUGAAGAUGAAAACAACAAAUUUAAUGAGUUCUUCUUCUCACACUUUCCUCUUUUUGAGAGUCACAUGAACAAACUGAAGAGUGCAAUAGAACAGGCCAUGAAAGUGAGUCGGAGAUCAGCUGAUGCCAGCCAGCGGAGUUUGGCGUAUAACAGAAUUGUGGAUGCCCUAAAUGAGUUCAGAACAACUAUUUGCAAUCUCUACACAAUGCCACGGAUUGGGGAGCCUGUCUGGCUCACCAUGAUGUCGGGGACACCAGAGAAGAACCAGCUAUGCCAUCGCUUCAUGAAGGAGUUCACUUUCUUGAUAGAAAAUGCUUCUAAAAACCAGUUUUUACCAGCUUUGCUGACUGCAGUGCUGACUAACCACUUGGCCUGGGUCCCCACUGUCAUGCCUAAUGGCCAGCCACCCAUAAGAAUCUUCCUGGAGAAGCAUUCUUCCCAGAGCGUGGACAUGCUGGCCAAAACUCAUCCCUACAACCCACUGUGGGCACAGCUCGGUGACCUGUAUGGGGCCAUCGGAUCACCUGUGAGAUUAGCAAAAACAGUCGUGGUUGGUAAAAGACAUGACCUGGUCCAGAGAUUGCUUUACUUCCUCACUUACUUCAUCAGAUGCUCUGAACUUCAAGAGACACACCUUCUGGAAAAUGGAGAAGAUGAGGCCAUCGUCAUGCCUGGCACUGUUAUCACUACCACGCUGGAGAAAGGAGAAGUGGAAGAGUCUGAGUAUGUGCUUGUCACAAUGCACAAGAACAGGGGCAACUUGCUACCCACCGAGUCUGAAGAGAUGAGAGCUCCCAACUGCAGCUGUAAAUAUUGCAAAUGUCCCAUUUCCCUCGCACAGAACAUAGAAAGUGUUGCACAGCAAGAGAGAGAAGACAUGCAAAGCACUCCUAAGGUAGAGCUGGAAUCUUCUUCAGAUGAGAACAGAACCAUCGUUCCUGAGGAUGGCCAGGAAGAUGCUGUGGAUGUGACACAACCAAGGCCCUGCCUGGAUGCCAAACUGGAGACUGUGGUGUGCACAGGGUCAGCUUCGCCCGAGAAAUACGUGGGGACAGAAUCUUGUUUGGAGCCAACAGCAAGCACGUGGAGGACUGAGGACAUGCUGGAGCCAGGCAGCCAGGUGGGAGGUGGGACAAGGACACCUGGGAUUGCUGUGGAGAAGAAGCCACCCGAUAAGCUCUUCAUGGACACAUUUCCAUGCAGCACUGCCGAGGUUCAGACAAAGGUGACUUUCCUCAUUGGAGAUUCCAUGUCACCUGAUUCAGACAUUGAACUGAGAAGUCAGGCAGUAGUGGAACAAAUUGCCAGGCAUCACAGCCCGCCAGCAGCAGAGGCAGGAGUGUCUUCUGAUCAGAACUGUGAAGCUAAACAAACUGUUGAGGACCAAAAUAGAGACUGUGGGACAGCUGAAUCCUUUCCUCAAGUUGCUAGUGAGCAUCAGAGCUGGAACCCAAACCCAUACAGUGCUGAGAGCAUGAAUCUGUUUGAUGAAUAUUUCACUGAUGACAGUUCAAUUGAAACCCGGACUAUUGAUGAUAUUCCAGGGCAAGCAGCUACAGGCCUUCUUGCUCACAACAGUAGUUUAGGAUUUUCUAAAAAGCUGUCUACAAAGGCUUGCAAACCACCUAGUGAAUUUUGUAAAUUCAUGGACUCUGUUCAACAAGAGACCUACAAAAACUGCUUUAGUGAGCAGGACCAAAGAGAGAAAAUCUCUAUUCGUGUCCCCCAUGGGGACAGAGAAAACGUAGAGAAAAAAGUCGCCCCGGGAAUUGAUUGGGACAUUCCAAGAAAUGAGAGUUCAGACAGUGCCCUGGGUGACAGCGAAAGUGAGGAUACAGGCCAUGAUCUAACUAGACUGGGUGGUAACUAUUAUGGAGGAGAACAAGAAGAUUGGGCAGAGGAAUAUGAGAUUCCCUUCCCUGGGUCAAAAUUAGUUGAAGUCAACUCUGUCCAGCCCAGUAUUGCCAAUUUUGGAAGAUCCUUACUAGGAGGCUACUGUUCGUCUUACGUCCCUGACUUUGUUUUGCAAGGAAUAGGAAGUGAUGAAAAGCUGAGGCACUGUUUGGUGUCAGAUUUGUCUCAUGCUGUGCAGCACCCUGUUCUGGAUGAGCCCAUUGCAGAAGCUGUCUGCAUUAUUGCAGACACAGACAAAUGGACGGUGCAAGUGGCCAGUAGCCAGAGGCGAAUGAUUGAAAAUAAACUGGGAAAAGAAGUGUUAGUCUCCAGUCUUGUCUCCAACCUUCUUCAUUCCACUCUUCAGCUUUACAAGCAUAAUUUAUCUCCAAACUUUUGUGUGAUGCACCUGGAAGAUCGUCUGCAGGAGCUCUACUUCAAAAGCAAGAUGCUGUCCGAGUAUCUCAAGGGCCAGAUGAGAGUCCAUGUCAAGGAGCUGGGCGUGGUGCUGGGGAUUGAAUCCAGUGACCUCCCCUUGCUGGCAGCUGUAGCGAGCACUCACUCUCCGUACGUUGCCCAGAUCCUUCUUUAAAAUGUCAGAGGCCACAGACUUUGACUUUUUGCCUCUCUGGAAGCAGAGUGAAAGACAACUUGUUCUGGCUGCUUUCUCUUUGCAGCAAGUAAAACAAACUGCUUGUUGAGCUGCAGGACCUCCAUAUAUGACUGCACGGUGUGCAAACAGUUGGAGACUUCUCCUCUCCCACUUGGCCAUUUAUUAAAAAAAGAUAAUGAAAGGAAAAAAGAAAACUGAGUAAGCUUGAGAUUUCAGCCACAGAAAAGUGGAGAUUUUAGCAAAGCUGAAGAGAUGCAUUUUUUAGCAGUUUCUGCCACGAUGUCUGACUGUAACUUACACUGGGGAAUGGAGGAAGAACUGCUCUGAGAAAUACAUGAUGCCAUCACCCUUUAUAAACUGAACAAGAGAGCAGCUGUCUUCAGCCAGGCUUCAGCUGAUGAGGAUCACGUUAGGAUCUGUAAUUCUCAAGCUGCAAUGAUUUGUAAACAACUUCUACUUUUUCAUGUCGUAGUCCAAUUCUGAAUACUUCCCAGAGGAAGAACGGGGCAGGGGCCUGUUUUUUUUGUAGAAGCUUAUUAAUGACAGUCAGCUACAGAAUUUAUUUAUGAUCUUUCUCCUGGGAAGAGGAAAUAGUGGGGGACAGAGGGCAACAGGGAGGAGGGAGGAAGAGGCCAACAGACGAACUAGCGAUGGAGAUUCUUGGCUGGAUGCUGUAACCAGUAUUAAAUGUUUAUAAUGUUUCAAUGUUGCUUUAUACUAAAUGACGCUUUUCUUCCUCAACGUAAUCAAAAUGUUAAAAACAAAACUAAUCUAAAGAGAACGUUGGCUGAAAUUUCCCCAUUGUGUUCCCCAGAAUGACAUGGCAAUUACCUCUAACUUUUUUAUGAUCUAUAAUGUUCUUGCAACAUCAUACUCUUUUUACAGCAGUCAGUCGGAUAUUGAAAUAAUGAACUAGAAAUAAUUGUACCAAAGCACUGGGGACAAAACGAGCAGACUAUUACCCUAAAUUGCUCAGGUAACUAAUUGAUACAUUUUUUAAAACUGUUCUACAAAAAAAAUGAACAUUAAUGACACCAUAGUGUAGUAAUAUCCAAAAUAUUUUUUAACAAAUAUACCCUUGCUGCAGAUGACUCUAAUCCCUUUUCUACUCACUCGUGUAAUUACCAGCAGGAAAUGUUGUUUAUUUAUUCUCAGCAUUUCUCUUUUACUCAGCCAUCACUGGUUUGUCAUUGUAUAUACAAUAGUUGUACGAGUAGCUGAUGGACCCAACCUGGUGUAAGUAAUGUAAAUAGACAGUGGGAGGUGGAUUAUGUUUUCGAAGGCUCUACUACCUCAGUUUAACUGGACACUUCAUUCUACGCUUUGCUUUGCGUAUUUGUCCUAGCAGCCAAUUAAUGUUGCUGAUUUUUAGCUUGUGUUUUCUUCUGUUAGGUUUAGUAUAUUGAAAUUCAUGGAUUAUCCACACAAGUAGGAGACAGGUAUUCACUUGGUUGCUGAACUCUAUAAAAUUUCUAUAAAUAUGUCAUUCUCUAAUCAUCUUUUCAAUAGAAGAGCACACCUGCUAUUGUUGUUUGCAGAGUUACUUUAAAUACAAAUCUAUUUAAACCAUUUAAUAAACUUGAAAACAACAGGAGAGAUCCCUGCCCCACCUCUGUCAGUGACAGAACUCUCCUCCCUUCCUUCUCUGGGGCCAGGACUCACCUGGAGUAGUGUUUUAGUACUAUUUAAAAUCUGUCACCUAAAACUCUGUUCCAGGGAGAUCUACAUGGCAACCCCCCCCCCCCCCCGCCAUGUAGGACUGAGUCUACAUCAGGAAGUGACACCAACAUUAAUACAGGCAGUGUCAUUGGAAACUCUUUUGUAUAUAAAAUCUAAUGCUGACUGCUGCAGGGGAAAAACUCAAUGUUUAAUAUGUGAUCCAAGGAUUUGUUUCUCCCAUUUUUCAAGUGUCCGUUCCUUGCCAUACGAUUAUAUUACAUCUGGCUCUUGGAAUGAGCACAAAACAGGGGCCCAGUUGUGUAAACACAUUUCUAAUGAAAUAUAGGAUUGCAUUCAGAACAUGGUUGUUUAACUCUUUGCUAGGAUAUGUGGUAUAGGCAGUAGUUAGGAUUCCAUGUUGUACAUAGACUGGCAGCAGUGACCUGGUGGUGUCUGCGGUGUCAGGGCUGGCGGAGGAGGGUUCUUGCCUGUGCCUCGGGAGACUCCGAGAUGGGUGAGUUCAUCCAUAGCUCGUGUCCAGAGAGCUGGGCAGCAGCACCCCUCACUCUGGCACCCCCCAGGACUGUGCUCAUAAUGAUCUUUACAGGAGAACACUGGUCCUCUUCCUUUGAGCCAUUAUUGCGCAAAUUGUUGGGGUUGCUUUGAAAUGUGUUUGACUCUCCAGAAGGGCCCUUGCAUGGCUUGCAAUGAGUAUUAACAUGAGAGAAGAAGGAGGUAGCACCUUCUCUGCUGCCCUUUGCCCCACACUACCCAGUAAUGGUGUUAAUGAUGUGUUCAGUCAGUCCGAGACAGAGCAGGCACGGAUGCAGCUUCCUCGUCAUCCUCCCACAGUGCCAGUCCCUCCUGGCAUGGCAGCACCAUCUCCACCUCUCAGCAGUAUUGUGGGCAGAACACAACCAAAACCCUCGUGUGAUGGGAAGUUUUCCUGUGAGUUAACUUUUUGGGUACAUGAACAAUGUGGUACGUAUGUCUGUUUGUUAAAUAAUACGAAAAGGGAUUUUUACAGGAUAUAGCAUUGACUUUUUAAAAUAUAUCGCGAUUCUUUUAUGUGACUGGAAAACUAAUGUUUGAUUUCUUUUUUCCACUAUUCCCAAUCUCCAUUAUUAACAUGUCUUAAUUUUCUGGCUGGAACCUAAGCGUACUAGGCACACAAAUUAGCAAAUUCAAUUUUGUUGCAGUUGGCAAACACUGGGCUGCUAAGAACAAAAAACUGUUUAAAAGAACAGAUUUUACACUUUGCAUAUGUUUUCCCUAUUAGUUCUUAGAGAUGUUUUAUGACAAUUUUUUGCUUUCUCUAAAUUAUUUAGAUGGUGGUACUUGUAAAAUGCUGGGUAAAAUGUACAUACUUGUUAUCUCUUCUGUUUUUGUAUGUAUUUCCCAAGAUGUGCACUUGUAUUAUAAUAACCAUUCCCAACUUUAGGGGAAAUUUGUGCAAUAAAUACAGUAUGUCAGUUUA